CUUUCCUCCGGCUAUUCUUCUCGAGGUCCCCUUUCAGUCGUAUAAUGCCCCCUUCCCCUCCUCCGAGAGUCCCGUCUGUGUCAAUGGGGCAGAGCGUGUCUGGACAAACAAACAAAAAAGUGAAAACGUAAGGAGGAAUUAUCCAAAAUGAAGUUAGAUUUUACUUUGUUAUUCUUUCAAAAACUCGUCCAGAAAAUAUACCCAGUCAAAGAAAAACAAUCUGUUAAAAUUCUAAAACUUCGCAGCACGCUCCUCUCUCUUUCUAGAGAACGGAUUGAUCCGAGGACAGACGUCCCACCAUAGAACGAAACGCCCCCAAUACCCAUCACACAUGUAACCGAGAUAGACUCCGCACAUUUAUUCAACGAGGUGCUGUGGUGAAGUCCUCAGGAUUGUUGGACCAACGCUUUUAAAAGGUUUUAACAGUGUGAAAAUACCUUCCAACAGCCAUGAUGGAUAAAGAGGAGAUCAGUGACACUGACAGUGGGAUCAUUCUCAACUCUGGUCCCGACAGCCCCACGUUGCCAGUCAAGGACCUGACCACUCACACCCGGGCCAUGAGGCUGAAGCACCAGGCUCUGGAGGACAGGCUGGAGCUGUGUCUACUGGACCUCAAGAAGCUCUGCGUUAGAGAGGCUGAGCUGACAGGUAAGUUGUCUUCAGACUACCCCCUACUUGCUGAUGAGAAGCCCCCUCGUGUCCGAAGGAGAAUAGGAGCUACCUUCAAACUGGAUGACAGUCUCAUCCACCAGGAUGGAGAGGAUUCAGAGCUUCAUUCCUUAGAGGCAGACCUGGCCUUGCAGCUCCAGAUCGUUGAAGCGGCUCGUAGACUCUCAGUGGAGGAGCACCUGUCCAAACCACAGAAGAAGAGCAGGCUGCAGCAGUGUAAGAGGGAAGAUAGGAAAGUCAAAGAUCUCCAGGAAGCUGUGUUUCAGCACAGGAUCAGAAACGAGUGCUCCUCUCCAGCGACCAACAAGAACAACAACACAGCCAAACACAGAGAUCUGUGCAUGUCUGACGACAGCUCCCUGUCUGAUGCAGUGGCCCUGGACGAUGACUCUCUCUCUUCCUCAUCAUCUGUAGACCCACUCAUACAGUCCUCUGUGGGCUUCCUGUCCCUCCAGUCCUCCUCCUCCCAGGGCAGUCUCCAUCACACCUCAGCCCAUAGCCAGAGCCUCGGCUGCAGUUGCGGUGUGGAGCAGACCCAGACCUCCGGUAUGGGCUCCGGCUGCAGUGUGGAGUUUCCUGAGCGCUCCCCCAUCCAGAACUCCCCCUGGAGAGAGUCUAAUCUUGACCAGCACUAUCUGAAACAUGACACACCUCUCUCUGUCUGCAGCAGCAGGCCCAGAAGUCCAGUAGGGACCCCAGUGUUCCCUGCAGACAGCAGAGUCCUGCCCUCCCACUUCCCCUCCAUUAAGAACCUGGCUCUGAUACAUGGACAGAUCAACUCCUCCAGCGCCCCCUCUACGCCAGAGCUGCACGUACGCAGACAGUACUCCCUGUCCUUCAGGCUUCCCAGAAGUAAGCCCACUCAUGAUCUGGGUGAGGGACGUGGGAGAGCCAGGUUGCCACGCCGACGGCCAGAGUUCCUGGUUCGGUCUCCACAGUACGCCCCCCAGCGUCUGUACCAGUCCAGCUCUGAACACUCUGUCCCCUCCUACACCAGCCCCCAGCGGUCGUACCAGUCCAGCUCUGAGGACAGCAGCUCUGAACACUCGGUCCCCUCCUACACCAGCCCCCCCAGCCAGGACACGGACAGAGAUAAUCACAAAGACAGGGAGGGCCCUGCAUCUCCCGAGAUCCCCAAGCUCUGCCCUCCUCCCUAUGGCUUCCACUACGGAGCCCAAAGUCCCACCAACCCUGCGUUGAAUGGCUCCAGCUUUCACAAGAAAAACAACCAGCACCAGCACCAGUCCUCUCCCAGCUCGAGAAGAAGAAUGGCAGAGGAAGGCACCUGUUCCCCUCUUUCUCCACAGGACCUGGGCAGUCCCCUGGGGAAGGGUCUUUACCUGUCCCCCUCCCGGCCCCCCCAGCCACAGCAGCAGCACAGACACUGGCAGCAGGGGCCCCCACCGUCAUCCCCCAGGAGAGUUCUGAAGCCUCCACCCCCUUACACUCGCCUGGUACGUACCCCGUCACUGAGGGAGUACCCCAACCAACCUGCCCGGGUGUUGCCCAGGGAGAUGACGUCAGACGAGCUCAAGUCCUGGAACCAGUUCCAGAAGUCACGCCCGAGUUCCCUGGAGCGCCAGGGGUCGUUCAGAGUGAAGAGCCCCACGUGCCCUCCCCUCCCGCCCUACCUGCAGGGUCCCCACCAGAAGCGGAUCCUUCAGAGGGCUGCAGAUGGAACUCCUGUACAGUGGUUUGUUGAAGAGGACUCGGAGAUCGUCAGCCAGGUGUAACCACAGCCAUAUACUGUAUACCGUACACAAUAUAUAUCUAUAUCUAUGCAGUAUAUGUCUCUGGCUGUAACCAGGGGGAGUUGCCCUACUGCAGUAUAUGUCUCUGGCUGUAACCAGGGGGAGUUGACCUACUGCAGUAUAUGUCUCUGGUUGUAACCAGGGGGAGUUGCCCUACUGCAGUAUAUGUCUCUGGCUGUAACCAAGGGGAGUUGCCCUACUGCAGUAUAUGUCUCUGGUUGUAACCAGGGGGAGUUGCCCUACUGCAGUAUAUGUCUCUGGUUGUAACCAGGGGGAGUUGCCCUACUGCAGUAUAUGUCUCUGGUUGUAACCAGGGGGAGUUGCCCUACUGCAGUAUAUGUCUCUGGUUGUAACCAGGGGGAGUUGCCCUACUGCAGUAUAUGUCUCUGGUUGUAACCAGGGGGAGUUGCCCUACUGCAGUAUAUGUCUCUGGUUGUAACCAGGGGGAGUUGCCCUACUGCAGUAUAUGUCUCUGGUUGUAACCAGGGGGAGUUGCCCUAUUGCAGUAUGCUAUACUACACACAAGGAGGGAAGGACUUUCUUGAGACUAUUGAGUAUGUCUGUAUUUUUUGAGUCAAUGGACUCUCUGUGAGAUGAUAUGUCCCUGGUGAGGGACAACUGUCCUGGACAAAAUGAAGAAGACCUUGUCUCCAUGGGUAGUCGGGUACCAUGAUAUGUAUCUAGCUUGUCCACUAUUUUAUCUAAUGCUUUAUGCAAAGCAAGUUUGACAUUUCUAUAUAAAAAGGCACUUUGCCAGUUAAUUUAUUUUAUUUAAAAAAAUUAAGUAAUUAUUAUUUCAGGUGAGUCAAUUAGAUUAUUUCGUUCAGGUUAAAUAUGAUAUGUUUUUGUAACAAGUUUCAUAAAUUUGUUCAUGACUAUAACACAUAUCAAGAUAGCUUACUGUAGAAGUUACGUGUCUGGCACACAUUUGCACAACAAGGUUCUCGUAGUUUCCAAAUGAAGUUACGCCAUUCUUAAUAUAAAUUAUUUCUUUAUUUAAUUUCUUUAUAUUUGUUUUCUUUAUCUAUUACAUUGGGAGUAAUAAAGCUGUAACAUUCCUAAUAUAAUUGUAUUUAUUUAAUUGAAUGUCUACAGUAUCUUUGUUUUCUCUAUCCAUUAACUUAAGGGAUCCUUUGACAGUAUAGGCACAACUGUCAGUAAAUCCUUAAUAUAAUUAUAUUAUAUUAUUCUUAACAUCAUUUAGAAAAUAGAACUAGAAAAUGCUAGAAAGUGUCUGUUUCUCUGUAAGCUGAAGUACAAUAACAUGAAAUAAGCUGAACAUUAACCUGUUAAACUUUUAAGUUAUAUUAACCGAAGAUGCAUUUGUUUCUAAUUGGUUUGUUUGAAGCAUAAUUGCGUUGGAGGUUUUCACUGCAUUGCGGUUUUGUUGUGGUACUAACCAGUUUAUUGUCUACGUUUUGAUAUCGUUUCUAUAUUUAUAAUUAAAAGGCUUGAUUUAACUGACUGUCAAGUGGCAUUUAUUUUUUGAGAGAUUAAUUUGCAGGUUUUUGUUUCUAG